UUUAGUCAUGACUCUCUGAUUGAAGAAACACUUAAGAAAGUUAUGAAUUGUAAUUAGACAAAGAUAUUUUGGACACAUAUGUAUCGCUGCCGCAGACGACAGGUGACCGCAGCUAAAUAAUCCGCGGGACCUAAAGAUAUGGAGGACCGCAGUGACUUGUAUGACGUGCACACGACUAAUGCCCCCCCUCCCUGGGAAGACCUCCAACAUCAGUGUCUGGAAGAUCAGGACAAUGUGGAGUGUCUCAGAAGGAAGAUCAAAUAUUACUUUAUGAACCCCUGUGAGAAGUACCACGCUCGGGGCCGAAAACCAUGGAAACUCAUACUGCAGAUCAUCAAAAUUGCCAUCAUCACUAUCCAGUUAGUGUCCUUUGGGCUGAGCAACCAGAUGGUUGUCACAUUCAAGGAGGAAAAUCUGAUGGCAUUCAAGCACCUCUUCCUGAAAGAUUAUGCCGAUGGAGGCAUGGAUUCAUAUGCUGUUUACAGACAGGUUGACGUUUAUGACCACAUUGAUUACAUAAUCAAACAGUAUGGACAUCUGCCCAACAUCACAGUAGGCAAUCACGCAUAUGAGAAAAAAGGUGAUUUCUACACGCCCCUGUCUGUGUGUCAGGAUUUCUACAGGAACGGUACCAUCUACCCUGGAAAUGACACCUUUGAAAUUGAUGCUCAUGUGGAAACUGAGUGCUUUGAAGUUUAUCCGAUGUAUAAUCCAUCAUUGCAGGAAACACUUCCACAUUUUGAAUUACAUUUCAAAAGGAUGCUCUCUGUUAAGGUCACAUUUGUUCUCAAGGCCAUAAAUCUGCAGACGGUGAGACAUCGAGAGCUUCCAGACUGCUACGACUUUACUGUUAUUAUCACUUUCAACAACCAAGUUCACAGCGGCAGGAUAAAGGUUGACCUGGAAAACGAUGUCGACAUCAAUGAAUGCAGAGACUGGAAAGUGGCAGGGGCAUCUGCCAGGAACAUAUACCUGACUGUGCUGUUUGACUGCCUCAUUAUUAUAACGUGCAUCACAUCCCUCGCCCUCUGCACGCGCUCAGUCAUCAACGGGAUUCAGCUGCAGUUUGCGUACACACUCUACAGCCAGAACCGCUGUGGUCAAAAAGUCCCGUGGUCAGACAGGUUGGAGUUUGUAAAUGGUUGGUAUAUCCUGAUCAUUGCUAGUGACACACUGACCAUCGUUGGCUCCAUUCUUAAGUUAGAGAUCCAGUCUAAGGUACUCACAAAUUAUGAUCUCUGCAGCAUCUUCCUUGGGAUAGGCACCAUGUUUGUCUGGACCGGGGUCAUCCGCUACAUGGGCUACUUUAGGAAGUAUAAUAUUCUCAUCCUGACACUGAGGGCAGCUUUCCCAAAUGUUAUCCGUUUCAUCUGCUGCGCUGGAAUCAUCUACCUGAGUUACUGUUUUUGUGGCUGGGUUGUUCUUGGCCCGUAUCAUGAGAAGUUCCGGACCUUAAACACGGUGUCGGAGUGUCUGUUCUCCCUGAUCAACGGAGAUGACAUGUAUCCCACCUUCAAGAACAUGAAGCAGAAGAGCAGCCUGGUGUGGGUCUUCAGCAGGGUCUACCUCUAUUCCUUUGUCUCGCUCUUCAUCUACAUGAUCCUCAGCCUUUUCAUCACAAUCAUCACUGACACCUAUGACACCAUCAAGCAACAGCAGCUGAGUGGAAUCCCAACCUCUGAGCUGCAAAAGUUCAUGUCUGUGUGUCAAGAUCUGCCAAACUCUGGGAUGUACAGGCUGGAGGAGAACAGCUGCUUCCUAAACUGCUGCGUCACCAGGUGUAGGAAGCAUCAGGAGACGCAUCAGGAAAGACUGACUUCAGAGGCAUAGUAGGGAUUCAUGUGGAAUUAUUAUUAAAAAGGUUAUGCUUUGUACAGUAUAACCUAACACUUGUGGCACUUUACACUGUUAUGUUCAAUGGUAUAGUCUUAAAUAUGCCUUUUAAACUUUAUUCUCCAGGUUUGCUCGGGUGAUUUAUUUAAUGU